UCAACAUUACAUGGAGCCAAGCAGAAUGUAGAGAAUAUAUCACCGAUACGUUCAUGUGUGUGAAAAUGAAGAAAACCAAUCUGGAUCGGGAUAACAACCUACCAUGCCCAGCACGACGGCCGUGCAUGUGCUUCGACUUUGAACCUGACGAACGAAAGGUUGAUUGCAUCUUUGUAGAUUUGUACACAAUACCAACUGAUUUAUCACAAAAUGUAAGUAAAUUGUACGCGAUGGAUAACAAAAUAAGUUACAUCGAAAAUGGAAUGUUUCAUGGAAUGUCAAAUAUCCAAUAUUUAACACUUGAUCUAAAUGAGAUACAUGAAAUCGCUUCGUUCGGAUUCAAGAGGCUCGAUAAACUAGAGGACCUGG